UGGCUUGCAAAUUUCACCUCCUGUGCAGUACAGUAAAGCUACUCACUCUUCCAGAAGAUUGCCAUGAAGCCUGCUCAGGAGCGCAACCAGGAGAGCCUGCCUCCAAAGAAGAGGGACCUCCUGGUCAGUGCCAGUAGUGUGGCGGGAGGUGCAGCAGCAGGUGGAGUUGGGGGAGCAGUAGGGGGGGGCAGUGGAGGAGUGGGUGGUGGUAGUGGAGGGGAUGAAGUUUCCUCCUGUCAGAGCACUGCAGCCAGUAGUGACUGUCAAGGAGGGGUCACGUCUGGAGAGUGGCUUCGAGCUCAGCCAGGUCCUCAUUAUGGGGUGGAGGGGGCCGAUGGCAUACCAGCCGUCCCUGUUGACCAGUACAGCAUGCUCUACAAAGUGGCUGUGCCCUCCGGCACCUACUCACCAACUACUCUCCACCCAGUGUUAAGCCACAUUUCUCCAGCGUAUACUGUACACUCUCCCCUUUUACAGCAUCCAGGCAUUCCUUACCCUCCUCUGGGCUACGCCCAAAUCCCUCACUCCUCCCUGCAGUUGGUCAGCUCCCCAUACGCAGUACCUUAUGCUCUGCCCACGGGCUUCGUCCCCAGCUCUUUAAUCUCUCCCUCCGGCACCAUCCCUCAGCCCCACACAGUCCCCCAUCUCGUCCCCUACCCAUCUGUCAUACAGGAGGGAGUCGUUUCCCCUCCGCCCCAGGCCCAGGUCACUGCCCAUGCCUUUGCCAAAGUCACGGCACCCAGCGGGGUCCCGCUGAUGCUGUCGUCGGAGCAGACGGCUCAGCAGCACCUGAGCACAGUGGGGGUCCUGCCCACCGCAGAGCUCAGCCCCAGAGGGAUGCCCGUCUACUAUCAGCCUCAGGCUGCCAGGGCCGCUUCUAACUCCAGGGAAGCCCACGGCACCCAGCAGGAGAACGAUGCAGAGCUGAACGGAGGGGAUCGGGAGCAAGCUUCACGGGAGGUCUUCCUGGACUCUGUCUAUACUACCAGAAAUGCUCGGCUCCUGCAGCCGGCACCCAGCUCUGCAGCACUGGAACAUGCCCAGGACAGGAAUCUGAGGAGCCGCCGGCUGGAGGAGAGAAGUUCCCCUGGCCAUCGUAGCACCCCAGACAGUGACCUAGAGGUCCAGCAGGUGGUCGGUCGCCUGGCCCCUCCUGUCCAGGGUGGUGGUGUCGGCCGUAAAGAGGUUUCCUUCGCUCCUUUAAACCUCUCUCACGUUUCUCAGAGAGGCAGAGAAGCUCAUGGGGAGAACAUGGGAGGGAUUUCUGGCCGGACUGCAUACACAGCCCAGCCCGUGGCUUAUGGUGACCCCCGGCUGACCUCUCUUCAGCAGGAAACAGGGCCACCAGGCCAUGCCGUGAUGCUGGCCAAUGGGCAACCGGUUCUCAUUCCCCUGGAGUACCACUCUCAGCAGCAGUCACAAACCCAGCCACCACAGGAACACUAUGCAGGCCAGGCUAACGACUCCUCAUCCUGCUCCACCGUAGCCUCCUUGGUUCCUAACGUCAAAGUCUCUGAUCCCCCAGCCAGAGUGUGCCUCCCUGACCGGGCAGUGGUGGAACUAGCCACAGCUCAGCAGCAGCAUGCUGUUCCAGUCACAGCAGCUCUGACCCAGGCCUUAGCUCCAACUCUUGCGUCUCCACCUACUUCCUGCAACCCGUCCCACUUCAUGAAGGGGGCUAUUAUCCAGCUGGCCACGGGGGAGCUGAAGCGUGUCGAGGACCUGCAGACUCAGGAUUUUGUACGGAGCGCUGAGGUGAGCGGAGGGCUGAAGAUCGACUCCAGCAUGGUGGUGGACAUCCGCGCCAGCCAGCAGAGAUCAGGCCUUGUGGCUCUUCACUUCACUGUGGGCGAGCAGCAGAGCAAAGUGACCAUCGAUGUUCCCCCAGAGCAUCCCUUCUUUGUUUUCGGCCAAGGCUGGUCGUCCUGCAGCCCGGAGCGGACAGCCCAGCUCUACGGCUUGUCCUGCCAUCACCUGCAGGUGGGAGACGUGUGUGUGUCUGUCACCUUACAGCAGCAGCUCCAGCAGAAACAACCCCAGCAGCAGCAGCACCUCCCACAGCAGCAGAGCCAGGCCACCACUUCCACUAAGGCCAACUCCACAUCUGGGCCCAGCCACCAACCCAUGGGGCCCCCUGCUCCUCACCAGCCGAGGCCUCCGCCCCACUUCAGGAUAGAACGCGUUCCCAGAGAAAGAGAGAGGGAACGAGAGAAAGAGGGGGACAAGGAGGAGGCCGUGCAGGUGGGGGUGGUGGGGCAGACUGAGUUUCCCACCAGACCAAAUAGGACCUCAGCAGAGCACACCAGGAGCCAGAGCAGUUACUAUUUGCACACAGAGGGCUCCACUUGUUUGGGGGCACCGGCCAUGCAGCCCAUGGUGGUUGCUUCUCAGAGGCGCUGGUCAGCCCCUGGCCUCCAGAGGUAUGCCAUGAAGGGAGACGAAGGGCCGCGCUCUAAGAUGGCUGCGUCUGGCCCCACGCGGCCCUCAUUCAUUCCCCAGGAGGUCAAACUGUCCAUUGAGGGGCGCUCUAAUGCAGGGAAGUAG